AUGCAGCUCUUUGAGUUGACUUUAAUCCCGGACGCUGAAGGUUGUACAAGCAGGUGCAGCUCGUGAAUCAUAUUAAUCGACUAAAGAAGAACUAGAAGAUGGACUCCCCCGAUAGCCUCCUCCAGCGGAACGGUCCUGCCGGCUCCGCUUCUACCACGCACCACCGUCCAGACCAGGAGAACGACACCCAAGCACCCGCCGGCGGAGCGGAGACGCAGCCGAAGAGCCACCGCCGCCACAAACGCAGGAAGAAGAAGAACGAGUCGGGCCAGAGAGACGCUGGAGCGGGGUCCGAGCCCACAGAUCUACCCAGGAACGCCCCGCCGCCACGGCGACGCAGGACACCCAACCCCAGAGGUGGUGGAGACGCCAGAGGCACAGAGGUGGCGGAGGCACAGACGCAGGGGGUCGGCGAGUCCUCAGGGGCACCCGGAGACGCUGCAGGAGGAGGAGGAGAAGGGAAGAAGAAAAGGAAUAAGAAGAAGAAAGCCAAAGUGAAGACGGAGGAGGCGAUGGAGGUGCGGGGUCAAGCUGGAGGUGCAGAGAAACCAACGAGAAAACCCAAACCUCAAGGUACUCGAGGCGUGACCUCGGCGGGACGGACGGACCAGAACCACGGGAGGAACCGGGGACAGAGGAGGCGGGUGUUUGAGGAGUACAUGUCUGUUAAAGACGUCUCUGAUGGACUGAAGAGAGGACAGCUCAUCCAGGCUGCGGUGAGAAUAAACCCGAGGAACUACACUGAGGCGUACGUUCCCUCUCCUGAUGGGUUGGCGGACGUGUUCCUGGACGGGAUGGUAGCUCGGAAUCGAGCGCUGAACGGAGAUGUAGUGGUGGUGCAGCUUCUCCCUCCUGACCAGUGGAAGGUGUUGAACGGGGACAGGGGUGAACAGUCGGGUUCGGAUAAGAAGAGACCGAGUGAAUCCUCCAACCCCGACGUGACUGUGGAAGCUGAGUACAACGAUGAGGAGGAUGAGGAGGAGGAGGAGGAGGAGGGUGGAGAUCUCAGUAAGAAGAUGGAGGCAGUAACUCUGACGGAUGCCGAUUCAGCGGUCACGGCUGAGGGUGGAGAACACUCGGAGAGCCGCGGUUCCUCCGACAGGAACGUUCAGCGCACCGGCAAGGUGGUGUAUAUAGUAGAAGAGAAA